AUGGCUGCCGACUGCCGAGUCCUCGCCCAGUCGGAGCAGAGCAGCAGCCCACAGACGGCAAUUGGCUCCGACCAGGAGGACAGCAGAGCAGCCACCACAGAUUCGCCGGAGUUUAAGGAAAGCUUCGUGACGUCGGGAGUCUUCAGCGUGACGGAGCUGGUGCAAGUCUCCAGAACCCCCGUCGUGACAGGAGCAGGACCCAGCUUCUCCCUUGGGGAGCUGCAGGGGCACCUGGCCUAUGACCUGAACCCCUCCGCCAUCGGCCUGAGGAGGACGCUGCCCAGCACUUCCUCCAGCGGGAGCAAGAGACCCAAGUCUGGCUCCAUGGAGGACGACAUCGAUACCAGUCCUGGGGGAGAAUACUACCCAUCACCCACUUCUCCUGCCAGCGGGUCCCGCAACUGGCAGGAGGAGAUGGAAGGCGGGAUCUCUCCUACGGUGAAGAAGACGGAGAUGGACAGCCCGUCCCCCCAGGAAGACUCUCCGCGCCUGAGCAGCUUCACGCAGCACCACCGGCCUGUCAUCGCGGUGCACAGUGGUCUUUCCCGGAGUCCACACCCCUCCUCUUCUUUGCACUUUCCUACCACCUCCAUUCUGCCCCAGUCAACCUACUUCCAGCACACGGCCAUCCGGUACCCGCCGCACCUCAGCUCCCAGGACCCGCUCAAGGACCUGGUAUCACUGGCCUGCGACCCCUCCAGCCAGCCACCCGGCCCGCUCAACGGCAGCGGGCAGGUGAAGGUGCCUAGCCACUACGCCAUCUCCUCUCAGAUGCUGGCCCCCCCUCCCCCGCCCCCGCCCAGCAUGCCCCGCCUCACACUGCCGGCCGACUCCAAGUCCAGCACCACCACAGAGGGAGAGGCCAGCUCUCCCACGUCACCCACAUACUCUGCCCCUGGGACGCCCCCAACCAGCCGGUCUUUUGUAGGUAUCGGACCUCGGGACCACAGCGGGCUCUAUCAGGCACAGUCCUGGUAUCUGGGGAAUUGAACAACACGAGGAUUCUGCUUAGGGGCAAUGGACACGCACUUGUGAAUCUUUUUUUGUGGAAUUAGGAAAAAAUGUAAAGGAGAUUUCAAAGGGAAAAACCCCAGUACACCAUAAAGUGUGUGUAUAUAUAUAUGGGUGUAUAUAUAUAAAUAUAUGUAUGCAAAUAUGUUUAUAUAUAUAUAUCAGUAUAACAAAAUGAUAAAAUGCUUAAACUUUCAACUCACCUUUGAAUGAAGAGAGAGGAAGAAAAGGUACGGACAGAGAAAAGAUAAGAGGAGUCGCCGUCUCAGGUGGCCGAGAUGGAGGGGCAGAAACACUAGCCCAUUAUUCACCUUGCCCCCCUCCCUGAACAUCCAGCCUGGACCCCCCUCCCCCCCCCCAGCUACAGGUGCUGCUUCCUCAUAUAUGCAAAAUAAAUAUCCUUUAUUUUCUUAAUGACGCGAUAGUGGAAUUUGAGAAAGAAAUGUUUAAAUGAUUAUAUUUUUCCUAAAGCUUUGAGGUGGUAACGAUCUGUGUUUGUGGGCUGAGAAAGGGGGGAAAUAUGUAUGUAAUGGCAAAUUAAUUUUAAUUUGGCCCCCCCUCCAUAAAUCUGUUUUAGCUUAGUCUUCUGGACAAUCAUUUAACAAUUUUUUUUUUUUUUUUUUUACCAGAUAGUUCAUCUUUGUUAUGAAGGUACUCAUUUCGUUUCAUUAUUGCUGGCUGUUGAUGUUGUCAGUGUUAGCAAGGACAGUAACAGUCGACGCACAGCAGGGGGCACUAUGACCUAGUGUGUGUUUGAUGUUACACCAAUGGGUCAAUACUGGAUGCCAUCGGCACCUGGGAUAGUGCAGGAAACCAGAGCGAUUGCAACGCUGCACGGGCAGAGACACAGGAGAGUCAAGCAUGUCUAAGAGCCGUCUAAUCUUGCCCAAAAAGGUUACUGACCGUGCACUCCUGUGGUGAUGGAGCUGACUGUUGGAGAACCACGUGAACAUUCAUAAGGCAGAGCCAUGGUUCUGGGAAUGAGUGGAAAUCUGGUAUAGUGUCCAUCACAGCGCAGGAGAGCUGCUUCCGUAGUUAGCUGAUGUAACUGACGUUUCCAUCUUUAGCUGCACAUGUUGGUACAGAGUGACCAAAUGCAGAGGCCCCCUUGAAGUAGUCUAUGGGAAGUCAGAAAAAUAACUGAAUGGAAACCCAUAAAGAGGAUCAAAUAACGGUUUAUUAUAUAGAGUUUAUGUAGGAGGAAGAGCCUUGCUUCUCGGAUACGGCCCCUAACUCUAAGUGCCAUUAGAAGCGAUAAACCUGGUGACACACACUAAAACAGCUCAGUCACUUUUGCUGCAGUAUUGGUUGCAGAAAAAUUGCUUUUUGUAUGUUGAUUUAGUUCAAAUGGAGUUUGGAAUUCAAGGCAUCGCCCUAAUAUGAGACACGUUUUUGUUUUAAACAGCUAAUCCUUCAUUUUUUUUUGUAUUUUUGUGUGGCAUCAGAAGUUGUUCGAUACUAUCCUUGGAUGCCUGUGAAUUGCUUAUAAGAACUGGCCUCUAUAACUGCUGUUAUGAGCUGUCCUUCAAACUUCGUCUCGUUUCGUGUUUUUUUACCUUAAUUCACAAAUUCUUUCCUGUGUAAAAGAACGUGGAGAGGCAAAAGACUCCCUAAAAAGACUGUUUUUUUAGAUAAACCAGAAAAAAGGUCAUUUAUGAAUUAAAAUUUUAUAAAUCCCAUGCAGAUAAACAAAUGUGAAAUGUAUUAAUUUGCCAGUAGACAGCAAAACCAAUAAGCUCUGAGGUUUAACAUUGUCCCACUUUCAGCUUGGAUGUGGGACCGUUGAAUAGGAAUCAAGAAAGCGACAGAGCAGAGAUAGAUACCUUCUGUGUCUCCUCAUUAAACCCAAAUUGGCCGGUGCUUCAGAUGAAAGACUAACAGAAUGAGACUAUGGAACUAUGCCGAUGCUUGGAAAAACAACAGGGCUUAAGACUUUACUAAACCCAAAUCAUAAAGCCACGAAAAGUGCCUAACAUUCUGAAUCGUGGUCAUCUUUUCCUGCGUGCGUUCACAUCAGUUUUUGGGAGGUUUCGGCCUCAAGUAGGCAAGACAUGGGAUAGGACCUCAAUAAAGACAGUACAUCCAGAGCAGCUUCAAAUCUUCUACAUGCGGUUCCGUGUGCUGCACCUUGUAUGAAUGGUAAACUUUACAAAAGGGUCUCAAUGGGACUUCAGUGGGAAGAAUGAAAAUUCAUCUACCGUGUGGUGUGUGACCCCAGUCCCACAAUAAUCAAACUGACGCGUAUCACAAGUGUGUUGUGUAUGUCAAGGGGUACAUUAGGAUUUCUGUGCGCAUACACAGAAGGGUGUAGUCAGGGAUUGACAUAACUGGUAUGCAAGCAUGCAUUCACCUUUAAAAGCAAGUAAUGUAACAGCGUAAAUGCGUACAUAUUUUAUAUGCAUUUGUGCCGAUAUGACAAGAAAUUACCGCACAUUUUGACUUGUAUACUGCAAAUGAAGUAUGAAUUGGCAAAUAAGGGCUGAAAUGCACGAUAAUUUCUUGUCAUAUCGGCACAAAUGUACGUAAAAUACGUACGCGUUCACAACAGUCGAUUACCACACGUAUCACUUUCAAAGGUGAAUUAGUACUAGGGUACCAGUUAUGCCAGUCCCUGGGUAUGGUAUGGUAACUGGGCAGCGUGCUUCGGGGGUGCACAGCUUGGCAGCCCCGUGUGUAUGAAUGUAUUGGAAAUUGGUUUUAUGUGACAGAUUUUAAUGGUGCUGUUGUUAUAACCAUAUUGAGAUAUAAUCCUGCAUGGUGCUUUUGAACAAGAAAAUUAUGUGAAAUUAGCUGUAGAUGAGCAGCGUAACGCUGAAAAUGGGUGCAUGGCACAAGCGUUUUAUUUUAACCCUUAUAAAGCUGCCCCAUACCCUCACCAAGCCCCCGGAAUACAGGACGCUGUUUGUACAUAUGGAUAUAUAUUUUUUUUUAUGUUCUGAGGUUUUUAUUUUAGUUGCGUACAGUUAAGCUUCAAAUUUGCACGAUGUUUUAUAUACCACAUUAUGUGCCUUGCCUUUGGUAAAGUAUAAUUGGUAAAAACUGUAAAGAGUAAUAAAUUCUCUGAUGUAAUCAGUGUUGCUGCAAACAAAAUACUAAGAUUAAUGCUGCAUGUGUGAUCGCUCGACAUUAUCCAGUUGAGGCCAUUUGUGUAUGUGGAUAAUAAAUGGACAACAAUGGCAGACAAAGAAAGGCAGAAGGAAAGUCAUUAAAGGCAAUUUUCAGUAUAGGGUACUGAUUCACACUUCUCAUAGAUUGUCACCUAGCCCAGUGUUUCCUAAGCUGGUCCCCAGGGACCCCCAGACGGUCCAUGUUUUCGCUCCCUUCCAGACAGCCCACAUUUUUGUUCAGGGAGGGAGCAAAAAUGUGGAUUGUUUGGGGAUCCCCGAGGGCCGGGUUGAGGAACACUGAUCUAGCCCAGGGAAAGGUUAAGAGUGGUGAAUCCACACGUCGAUCAUCUUUAGAUUUACCGAGUUCGUCCUUCUCCAGCUGCUAAUGACAGUGUAACGAUCUGAGCAUGUAUAACAACCAGCCCUUUCCAUUCAAUACUCUUAGUGACAGAAUGAUUUGUAUUUCCGUUGCUAUUGACCACGUUAGUAGUGCUUUUUGGUAUGUGGAAUUAAAGUAUUUUAAGGACCGCAAAGUUAUAUGAAGGCUGAGAGUUUGUUCUAUUUUUGUGUAGCUUAAUCGGCAGAAAAAGACUGUAGCUUAGAACUGAAAUGAGACAACAUUCUGGGGCAGUGCCGAGAGUAUGGUCUCCAGGGCUUGACUGAUGUCAACUUUAUUGCACCUAAUAAUAACAAUAGAGUGAAGCUAGUGAGUAAAGAGAGGAUGGGUGUAUAUGUAUGAAAAUCGGAUAAAAGGGUUCGCUAGUCACACAUCUGCUGUCCUGUUUAUCAUUAGGCUGUCCCUAAACUGCCUCUUCAAACCAUAUAUGAUGUCACUCUUCCCAGCACUUAAAUUACAAUGUAAAAUUUCUCCUGCAACCCCAGUACAUCCGUAAGAGGUAAAUAAAGGAAAUGUCUUGGAUUAGCUUGUUUGGGCCUCGGCUUUCCCAUAAGACUUCCAAAAGACGUUCCUAGGAGAGCUGGAUUGCUGGAUUUUGUAGGCCGUAUUCGAACAGAACUAGGUUUGGGUUUGUGUUAGUGUGGGUCAGCGUGUGUGUGUGUGUGCGCAGGGCUGGGAAAUCCUGCAGGCCGCCCACAUCGCCGAUUUCAGAGGGGGCGGCGACCUGCCAGCCAAUUUCACUUUGCCUCUGAUGGGGGGGUGCCGACGGUGAUGCUCACCUGGGUGUCUGGGGGGG